GAAGGCAAGCUACCACCACCACCACCAAACUGGACAUAAUUAAACCCAUACACGGACCAGAUGUAGGAGCCAUUCCAAGGGCAGCUGUUGCUGCAACAGAAGCAACUCAGGGUGAAACUCUCUAAGAUAAUGAAUAGGGAGUUGGCACAGAAAUAUUUUCAGGAUUUACGGAAAUACUACCACCACUCCCAACUGCAUUCUGCUGUAACUGAUAUGGUUCAUUUAACAAGAGACCUAGUGGAACGAGUAUCAGUGUUAGCAUCAGACACGGUGGUUGACCUACACACAUUCAUGGGAGGUUACACCAAAAAUACUCAUGCUGACCUAGAAGCUCGAUAUCAUUUAGCCGAUCUCUCCGAUGCCAGCAUCCAGCAGCAUCUUGAUCAUGCGUGUGAGAAUUUGAAGAAAGAAAUUCGGAAAGAGAUGAAAAUUAAAGAAGGUGCUGAACGCCUUCGGGAGGUGAGCACAGACAAGAAAAGCUUAUCCAACAUCAACAGCCUUGUAAAGCGAGCGAAUAACAAAUUAACCGAACUCCGCGAGGAACUUCAAGAUCUGAAUGCCUAUCGCAUUAGCAAGAAUGACUCAGCAACGGAUUGCCUGAUGUCACCAGAAAAAGAUGGGCAGGAACAAUCCCCCACAGACCAACGCCUUGCCUCUUUGGACAAGCAGCUAAGCAUCGAGUUGAAAGUGAAACAAGGUGCUGAAAAUAUGAUUACUAUGUAUAGUACUGGUUCAUCACGAGACAAGAAGCUUCUGGCUGAAGCACAGCAGAUGUUGUCCGACGCCAAAUUUAAAAUUGAAAUUAUUCGCAUGCAAACAUUGAAAGCGGCACAAGAUGCAACUUCACAAUCAGCUGGUCAGCAAACAGAAGUGCAUUCUCCAUUAGAACUCAGAAUUGAAGAGUUGCGACACCACAACAAGAUAGAAUCUGCUGUGAUGGAGGGUGCCAAGAAUGUCAUCAAACUGCUGCAAAAUUCCAAAACUCCAGACAAAAAAGCUCUACAAGAGGUAAGAAUGGCUUUUUUCUUGUCCACUUAUGAUGUAAACAAACCAACACUGGUUGUAAGGUGGAUUUUUUUUUUGUUCCUCUGCAGACUGGUUGGAUGUCAAGACCUUCUGGAAGAUAUUCCUGGACGCACGAGAAGAGAUUCUUUGCAGCUUAUGUUUUCCAGCCCAGGUGAGAGUCGUAGUCUCUUACGUGGUGGCAAGACAGGCAAAAGCAAUAGUAAAACGUAUAGUAUAAAAGAUGAAAAUUUGUCAAGUUCCACUGCAUCGAUUGAAAUUGAUGGAGCCGAACAGAUCAGCCUAUUGUUUAAACAGUUGUUAGGAGAGGAUAUAAAAGGUGGUGCACCCACAGAAUGUUGUGUUGACAAUGCUUUUAAGUUAGCUUAUCAGGGAUGUCAAAAUCAACACCAUGAAGAUGAUGUUAUGGCUGUGAUGAAACUAGAUAACCAGCAUGUUGGACAGACCCCUUGGAAACCCUGUAGCCAACAGUGUUGGGACUAUAGAACAAGUAUCAACUUAGAUAGGUCUCGAGAACUGGAAAUUGCUAUUCACUGGCGAGACUGGCGUCAAAUGUGUGCUAUAAAAUUUUUAAGACUUGAAGAUUUCAUUGAUAAUCAAAGACACGGCAUGGCAAUACAUUUAGAACCGCAAGGAAUUUUAUUUGCUGAAAUAACAUUUUUGAAUCCAACUAUUCCCAGAAGGCCAAAGUUGCAAAGACAGCGUCGUAUUUUCCCUAAACAUAAAGGAAAAACUUUCUUACGACCUGGUCAGAUGAACAUCAAUGUUGCAACUUGGGGUCGACUUAUGAAACGUGCUUUCCCAUCUUUACCUCCAAACUGUGGUGAAGGUGGUGUGUACAGCCCACCUACUGCUAAACCAGGCGGCAUUCUUGCUCAAGAUCGUGGUCCUCCAAUCCAUCAGUUGGAGUUUUCACCAUUGCCAUCAUCACAAGAAAAAGAACCAGAGACAACAGCUGCUUCCACGGAAGUCGUCACCACCCCACAGAAACCACCAGUUUCACCAAUAAAAGAGAUUGAGGCUGUGUUAUCUUCAUUUAACUUCCUUCCUGAUGAUUUAAUCUCUGACAACUCAGUCAUUGAUUUGGAAGACACAGAAACCUCGACCCUUAACAGAAAAACUCCACCCUUCUUAGAUAGCCCAGUAAAAGAAAAAACACCAGUUUCUUCACCGACAUCACCAGAUUACAACCAUCAAGAAGUUAAAAUGUCACAGUUUAGGCCGAUAAGUGUGCUUGGACGAGGCCACUUUGGUAAAGUCAUUCUAGCAGAAUAUAGAAAUUCUGGUGACUAUUAUGCACUGAAAGCACUGAAGAAAACCGACAUUAUCCAGAGAGAUGAAGUGGAGAGUUUAAUGUCAGAGAGAAGAAUAUUUGAAGUCAUCAAUUCCACAAAACAUCCUUUCUUAGUGAACCUCUUUGCUUGUUUCCAAACAAAGCAACAUGUGAUAUUUGUAAUGGAGUAUGCGUGCGGUGGAGACUUGAUGAUGCACAUCCACAGCGACGUUUUCAGUGAACCAAGGACAGUUUUCUAUGCAGCAUGCGUGGUACUUGGUCUGCAAUAUUUACAUGAACACAAUAUUGUAUACAGGGAUCUGAAAUUAGACAACUUGCUUUUAGAUUAUGAGGGCUACUUAAAGAUUGCUGAUUUUGGUCUGUGCAAAGAAGGUAUGGGCUUUGGCGAUCGCACAACCACGUUCUGUGGAACUCCAGAAUUCUUGGCGCCGGAAGUGUUGACUGAAACCUCUUACACACGUAGCGUCGACUGGUGGGGCCUUGGUGUAUUGAUAUACGAAAUGCUGGUCGGAGAGUCUCCAUUCCCUGGGGAUGAUGAAGAAGAAGUGUUUGACAGUAUUGUCAAUGAAGAGGUCCGCUACCCCAAAUUCUUGUCCACAGAAUCCAUAGCAAUUAUGAGAAGGUUACUGCGAAGAAAUCCAGACAAACGUCUCGGCUCGAGUGAAAGAGAUGCUGAAGAUGUUAAGAAACAAGCCUUCUUUAGGAAUAUUGAUUGGGAUGCAUUACUCAUGAAGAGAACAAGACCUCCGUUUACACCGACAGUGAAACAUCCUGAAGACGUGAGCAACUUUGAUGAGGAGUUCACUUCAGAGAAGGCUAUACUGACGCCGUCUAAGGAUGGCCGACCGCUCUCAGCUGAAGACCAAAUACACUUCCAAGACUUCUCUUUUGUAGCGAACUGGUGCUGACGAUGACCACCACGACCCCCAACAUCUUCAGAUGUACUCUCCCCUACAUAAAACUAAUUACAACCAGAAUAAGGGAAAAAAAUGAUAAAGCAGUUGUUACCAAAAAAAAGAAUUAAAAUAAAAUAUACAAAUCCAACAUAAACAAAGGAAAGAAUUCUCUGACCGUUACGCAACUGGCUGUGAGCAAGUGUUUUUGUGUCCCCUCUCCCACCUGCACACAGCCUGGGCCCCUAUCAAGACUUGUCUUCUCAACAUAAGAAUUUUAAGCUUCUCAAUUUUUCUAGGGACAACCUAAAUUUGGUUAUGUCUAUUUUUUUCUUUUUACAGUCUGCGUAUGUCUUGUCUGUGUGUGCGUGUAUGCCUCCGUUUGUGUGUGUGUGUGUGU